UAGAUUACUAAUUUUGGAGAGAGAGAGAGAGAGAGAGAGAGAGAGAGAGAGAGACAAACAUUUGAGAUGAAGAUCAUUAAGACUUCGAUCCUAGCACUUUUCUUUCUUCUUCCUUUUGUAGUGGCUGACCUUAGGGUUAAUUUCUAUACUGCUACCUGCCCCCGAGCUGAAUCAAUCAUACGUCAACUUGUGCAGAAACGGUUUGCAACUGAUUCAUCUAUCACUGGGGCCUUGCUUCGCAUGCAUUUCCAUGACUGCUUUGUUCGGGGUUGUGAUGCAUCCAUACUUAUAGAUUCAACCAAAAAUAAGUCAUCUGAAAAAUCGGCAGGGCCAAACUUGACUGUACGAGGAUACGAGCUUAUUGACGAGAUCAAGAAAAGCCUAGAGGCUGCAUGCCCUUCAACUGUAUCCUGUGCUGAUAUUGUAACCCUAGCAACCCGGGAUUCAGUGGUUCUUGCAGGAGGGCCAAACUAUGCUGCUCCAACAGGACGCCGUGACGGGCUCGUAUCAAACCCUGACGACGUUAACUUGCCUGGUCCAUCAUUUUCAGUAUCUCAGGCAUUGCGAUCUUUCACUGUCAAAGGGAUGACCCUAAAUGACAUGGUGACCCUAUUGGGUGCACACACGGUUGGUUUUGCCCACUGUAAUUUUUUCCAAGAUAGGCUUUCAAAUUUUCAAGGGUCAGGAUCUCCUGAUCCGUCAAUGGAUCCAGCUUUGGUUUCAAAGUUGAGCACACUUUGUGCAGCUAGUAACAACCCCACUACAUUUUUGGACCAAAACACAUCUUCCACUUUUGAUAACCAGUUCUACAACCAGAUUCUUUUUAAAAGAGGUGUGUUGCAGAUUGACCAAGAGCUUGCUUCGGAUACAUCUACGGCUGGUAUUGUUUCUGGAUUUGCAUCAAACGGCGUGAGGUUCAGUCAGAGCUUUGCAACUGCUAUGUUAAAGAUGGGGAGUCUCCAUGUUCUGGUUGGAAAUGCGGGUGAAAUUAGGAAAAACUGUAGGGCUUUUAAUCCUGCCAAGUCAAAGAACUAAAUUAUGUUAAGAGGGCUCUAAUUAAUUGUUAAUUAGUUUCAGUAUUCUUUGCUGUGGAGAAUCUGAAGAAAUAAGUCUUACUAAGUCGUUGUGCAUGGUGUUAGAAAAUCUGAAUUUCAUUGAAUGAAUAAUAAAGUUACACCAUUGUUGUUUA